AUGUUUAUAAUAUAUUUAUUCUCUGUAGUAAAUGCAUAUUUCUCUAGAAAAUUAGCACAUGAUUUAUAUUUGUACACUAAAAUAGCUGUUUGUGAGACUUAAUAAAUAAAGGAAUGGAAUUGUGGAUAUUUUUGUGAUUAACAUCCAGAUAUGGAUUCCAUUAGAGUAAUAGAAAGUUAAAAAAAUGGUGUUCUGUCUUAUGUUGGAAUUAAUUAGGCAGAAAAUAGGAUUAUAGUUACAUUUAGAAGUAUUUAUAGAUAAAUAACUAAAGGUACAUAAAAUCUGCUGAAUUUCAUUAAUGAUUUAAAAUUCAUGAAAUAAGAAUAUCCUUGUUUAGAUUGUAAAGUACAUUCAGGGUUUAUGGAGAGUUAUUUAGAUAUAAAAGAAGAUUUAAUAAAAUAAGUAAAUGAGUUAUCAAUACUUAAUCCAAAAGCAUAAUUAACAAUAACGGGUCAUUCUUUAGGAGCUGCUUUGGCUACUUUAGCAGCUAUUGAUCUUACAAAUAUAGGACUCUAUAUUCAUACAUUCUAUAUUUUUGGGUAUUUAUAUCAUAUUCAAAAUUUAAAGAUCACCUAGAGUAGGAAAUAAAGCAUUUGCGGAAUACUUCGCUAAAAAAAUUACAACGAAAGAUAAAGCAAGAGUUACUCACUUUUCUGAUUUAGUUCCUCAUUUACCACCUUAAUCUUUAGAUUAUAUACAUGCUGUACCAGAAUACUGGUUUAAUCAAGAUUUUAAAGAAUAUUAAGAAUGUGAACAUGCAUAAUUUGAAGAUGAUAAGUGUUCCAAUUCAAUGUGGAGUCAUUCCAUUAGAGAUCAUCGAGAUUAUUUUAAUAUCAAAUAUCGAUGCAAUGAUAGUUUUUAUUAAAAGAAAACCAAAGAAUAAAUCAUUCUCUGA